UGGGAGGCGCUCCCUCAGUGCUCGGUGUCCAGUUUGUUUUAGUCUUAUAUGACACAAUGGGCUUGUCUUAAAAACAUAGCGAGCUCUUUAGCCUAGACAGCGUAUUCUGACCAUUACAUGCCCGUUCUGAGUUUUCUAUUUAGACAGCUCACUAGCUUUUGAGACACCGUCAGUGUCUAUGCAGGGACGACAGUCUGGGCUAACAGCAACCGAGUGAGAUUAUUUAUCUAUCGCAAACUAGAAGCACUCCAUGGUCCAAAUCCUGGCUUUUGUUGGAAUUGCCAGGCAUGCGGAUCAGGCUGCAGGGCUCUGGCCACGCGGCCCGUCUCCUCUCCGAGCUCAACCGCUGCCGCCUGUCUCGUGUCCUGUGCGACAUCGUCCUCCAGGUCGGAGGCCGUUCCUUCCCGGCUCAUCGCGUGGUGUUGGCGUGCUCUUGCACACACUUUAGCAGCCUCUUCUCCAGAGGUUCCAGCAACCAAGGUGCCGUUCCCACCACCUUCUCUCUGGACUUUGUUUCUGCUGCCAAUUUCGAGAAAGUCUUGACUUUUAUCUACACGGGUGAGAUUUUCACGGACUUGAUUGAUGUAGGUGUGCUGUAUGAGUUGGCAGAAAGGCUUGGUGUGAGGGAGUUGGUGAACGCUUGCCAUGCCACCUUUCCUGACCUGCAGAGCUCCAGCUCUGGAGACCCAGUUGCCGAAGGGGAUUUGGAAAGCGAUAUGGUAUCAGUCAAUCCCGUGGCUGCGUCUGUCUGCUCGUCCUCUGCAACCUCCUGCUCCUCGUUGUCUUCUUCAGCCGCUCCUACACCUGUAACUCCAUCUCCGGUUUCUCAAGGCAGGAACGGCAGGUUGAAUCGCUCCCACUUGGCCACCCAGUCGCCAAAAAAUGAAGACUUGCAGAUACAUUUAGGUUACAAUCAACAGGUUACCAACAAGCCGAGUCCUUUGGACAAUAACCGUUCUACAGACGCUCUUCCUGGCCUGACUUUGCAGCUCAAAACCGAGCGGGAGGAUGAAGAAGAGGAUGGAAGAAGUAACUCAGUGCACAAACUUGUUGUCAAUGGUAGCAAAUCAACAUUUGGGCCUCAGGAACAAUGUUCUGUCCUUGAUUCUUCAGCCCAGCUUGGAGGUGAAACCUGCGCCCCUUCAUCACCCUCCAGUGAUCCAUUAGACAGUUUGCAACUGGGGGCCGUUACGGGAUCAAUCAAAGAUUCAGAUUUUUUUAAGGAAGAUCUUUCUAGCAAGAGACACCAACUACAAAAGCAGACGGAGGGCGGCGAUCAGUGGCAAGGACUUUCAGAGGACAUCAUUGAGCUGAGCGAUGAGGAGGAGCACUUCAUUGUGGAGGAAGAGGACGACGAGGACUUGAUGUGCAUAGAGAAUGGUGAAAACGAGGCAUCUCUCGGACAACUGCCAUCAUCGCAGCCAUGCAAAUCAUGUGGGAUGCUACUUCCGGCGGAAAACUCCGUCAUACAAACUCACGCUGAGACGCACCUCUCGGAAACUGGUUCAUGUCAGGUGUGUGGCGCCUCCUUCUCGGACCGCGCUGCUGCUGUUGCUCAUGCCCUCACACACGUGGGCAUCUUGCUCUUCUCCUGUGACGUUUGCGAGCAUCAGUUUCGGACUGAAUCCGCACUGAUUCAGCACAGACGUCAGUCAGCUGCUAAGUGCGCCCUUCAAAAUCCAGACCUACUGAACGGAUCCUCCCAACGACAAGGAGGGGAACUGCAGUGCACCAUCUGUGCUAAAUCUGUGGUGAAUGAUUUUAAGGCUGUCAGGGACCACGUUCAGAGCCAUGCAUGCUUGAGUACAUUACGCUGUGGAGUGUGCCAGCUGUCUCAGCCCUCUCGAUGCGCCCUCCUGUGGCACACACUGACACACCUCUUUCCUAUUUACACCUGUCCACAAUGCGCCAGCCUCUUCCUGGAGAGUGCGCUGCUGGAAAGACACCUGUCUCUACACACAGAGGAAGGAACAUCGGGGAAACAGGCCGAGGGCAGCCCAGAGACCAGCGGAGAAGGCCAGGCCGAGCUGCGCUGCUUCCUGUGUCCACAGACCUUCCGCUCGGAAACCGCGUUUCAUUACCAUCUCAGCAUGCAUUCGAACGAGCUCCAGGGCAGCCAGGUAUGGCCAGCUAAACGCAAGGUGGACCAGACCCUCGAAUACUCCUCAUCCUCCUCUUCGCCUAUGGAAGCGAGCGGCCCAGGUAAAACAGGUUACAACUUAAGCCUAGGCUUCAACCAGCAGGACAAAAUGGCUCACGGCGCUGCCCCGUUUCCUGCCGGACUUGUCCUGAAUGGCAACUCUGGUGGCGGAAUGGGGCUUAGGGAAAAAUUGUAUCGCUGCCGAUAUUGUGGUAAGCAUUUCGCACACUCGGGCGAGUUCACAUACCACCUUCGUAUCCACACGGGCGAGAAGCCCUACCAGUGCAAAGUGUGCAUGCGCUUCUUCCGUGGCCGUUCCACCAUGAUCUGCCACCUAAAGACGCACUCGGGUGCCCUCAUGUACCGCUGCACCGUCUGCGGCCUGUUUUUCUCCACACUUAAGAUGGUUUCCUCGCACAUGGAGCUCCACAAAGACCAGCUGCCACCUGAUUUCAACAUCGAGGAGACCUUUAUGUAUAAUGACCACUCUAAAGAGCCCAUCCCUAACAUGGACACCUGAAACUCGCCCUCUCUAAACGCUCCGUAAAAAUGUGUGCCCACGUUUACUUAGUAUGUUGAGGGCAAAUGACAGUACACUUAGAAUUUAAAGUGACCCUAUUAUGGAUUUUUGAACAUUACAUUUCAUGCAGUGUGGGAAGUUGUGGCCUAGUGGUUAGAGAGUUUGACUCCUAACCCUAAGGUUGUGGGUUCAAGUCUCGGGCUGGCAAUACCACGACUGAGGUGUCCUUGAGCAAGGCACCGAACCCCCAACUGCUCUCCGGGCGCUGCAGCACAAAUGACUGCCCA